AUGUGGUCGCUUGUGCUUGGUUUGGCCUUGAUCUUUUCCUCUUCUUGUGUCCACUCAAAGCAAUGCCUAUACUAUAGUGAUUGCUCUGGGGAUGAAGAAUGCUGCAUGGUUUCCAACACUUGUACUCCCCGUGAUAAGUGUGUCAUUUGCCAUUAUGACGCUGAAUGUUCCACAGGGAAGAAGUGUUUGAAGCAAUCGGGUCUUUAUGCUGGUCUUUGCGUGGAUGCAGUGGACAUGACUACCGAAUCACCGUCCUUCACUGUGCCUGAUCCUGAUACAGAAACGAUUCAGCCGCAGGUAACGGGUGAUGUAUCAUGUAUUUAUGACACUGAUUGCUCAGAAGGCGAAGACUGCGACGACGGAAGUUGCAUCUCUUCGGUACCCGACGACAGUUCAAGCGACAGCGACGGUUUGGACAUUGGGUACAUUUUCUUGAUAAUUAUACUCGUUUUUGUGAAGAUUUUGCUUUGGGCGGCCUGUCUGAGAAUGAGAUACAAAAGACGAGUGUAUCAGCGAAUGGCCAUCGUUGUACCAACAAGGCAGACAACAACCACUGUAAACACAACAACAGCAGCAAUUAUUAAUCACCCAUAUGUUUCAUUGCCACCUUGUGCUGCACUACAACCAGGAUAUGCCUACUCGUAUCCUGAUGUAAUCGGAGGAGCAGAAGCUUCUCCUUUACCGCCCGGCGCACCACCACCUUACGAUUCCCUGGGAUUAGAGGGAAAAGGAAAUAUUGAGUCUAAAGAGGAGGUGCGGCAAGAAAUUGCCGUUUCUAAUUUCGUCGAAGGAGUUGCUUCUCCCAUGCAAUGUGCACCUACACCGGGGUACAAUUUUCAUAUGGUUUUUGGACGACAAGGAAAUGAAAACAAUACAGCGUUUGAGCAACCGAGAGCAAGUCGCGACAAGGAGCAGUAAGUCGCGCCGGAUUUAUCACAGUUGAAUAACUCGCUUAUAAUAUUCUUGUUAAUUUGUGAUGCAGCCUUUUCUUUAUUUCUGUCACGGAUUGUAGAGUAGUAGAAGGACAUUCCCUUUAAUGUUACUGACUUAUAGUUACCUUAGAAACCUAUCGAUAUUGUUGAAGAACGGUGCAUCGGAAGACUGGAAUCUAUCAUUUAUGUUAUCACUCGGAUAUGCGUAUACGUUUCAGCGUUCUGGUGAUCUUUGUUAAGGAAUGCUUAUUGGGUCGUGUUUGGUCUUACUUUCUCACAUAUACCUACUAUCGAAACUCAUAGCUACCUUGGAAAACCUGCUAUUUGCUUACAGCAUUACAAAUUGCGAGACCCGUGGGUGACCACAAUCGCCAUACACAUAUAAGUGAUUUCUGUAUGUCGGGUGGGUUCAGAAAAAUGCUAUGGUCAUAUCACAUCGCAGCUAUAGUUUCCGCAUAUACAUGCUGCAAACAACUCUAAGCGUUUUUUUCGUUGAGAAUUAUGCAUGGUCCUCUUCGAUCGGUUUCGAAACAAUGGACGCGUUAGAAAUUAGAAAAUUCGUUUUUGAGUUUCCGAUUUGAAAUUCUUGAAACACUUUCGUUCACGUGCUACGUACAAUAGCGAUUCAAGAGCAGAAUUUUUUAGUAAGUUAUACGUCGAGACUCAAGAGAGAGGUAUGCAAUCGCAAGAAAUUUCCCUCGUUGCUAUUGUUUAGUGACUGGAAGAUAAAUAAUGAACCCGGUCGUUAAUGACCACGAGGUAAAUAGUUUUUUAAAAAUAAGAUCUUAACCAUCAUCGAGGCCAAUACUAAAAUAGAUAAGAUUAUUGAAUAUACUCAAUAUAACUGCUUAACAUUGAUCUAGCCUAAUGAUGGAUAUCACAAGGAGAGUCAUUCACUCCUGGAAGUUACGAGGUUAAGGGAUUUUCUAAGUGACUUGGUGCUGUUUCAAUUUCAUACAAACCACAUGUAGAAAUGAUUAUUUGCUUUCACUGCAAGCUUAUCACUUUUGCGGUGGAUUUUGCGCAGCUUGUCUAUCGUAUUUUGUUUAAUUUUUUGAUAAAAUUUCUUACCAUCAUAAUAUUUAUUUAUUAUAUAUUGCACCUUGACGGUGCAGUAUCCAUAAUCUUUUAUCUAAUAAUGAGAUUAAAUAAUUGCUGCAAUGUCCUAAUAUUGACCUCAGAAUGUUAGGCAAACCCAAAUGUUGUUUUUGUAAAAUCUACUGGUUUGGUUGUACUAACUGGUUAGUGUAGCCAACCAUAUCAAUGGAUAUGUAAUUUAUAACUAAAAGGUUUUCUUUGAAUUUUAAGUUUACCUGCUUAUACGACUUAAAAAGAUAGAAGAGGCUGAGAAAAGGGAGAGUUCUGAAUCGACCUGUGGACGAAUCAGAAUUAACAUGGAUAUUGUAAAAGAGCGAUUCUUUUUCUGUAUCCGGAUGUAUCAAUUGGAGUAACCUAUGAUUGGAGUGGCAAGUUCACAGGUUGCAAUCUUUCAUGAAAUUUUCAUCUUUAACCUUUUUUUUUUGUGAUUUUUAGUACUUUAUUUACUUCCACCAAUAAUUUCGGGUCAAGUUUGCUUUAAAAACUUAAUUCCAUCCACAGCAAGCAACAAGUUGAUGCGAAACCUUUGAAAAAUAUCCCUCUACAUUGCUACAAGAACAAGUUUCAUCGCCACGCGUGAUCAUGGCAUAAUUAUACAAAUUGAUUAAACAUUCAUUAUACAAAUUAAUUAUAUAUUGAUUACACAAAUUGAUCUAUAGGGAUGGUCAAUAACCCAUAAAUGGGUAUUUCCUGUUCUUCUCUAUUGACAUACCUUUGAUCGGGUCUAGUAUUGAUCCUCUUAUCAAAAUAAGGGGAAUGUUUUUCAAUUUUCUCAGGGAACAAAACCUUUUUUAAAUUCGCGAGCUCCUUGGUAUGUUGGUAUGAUCAGUCCCUAGCGAAAAUUAUUUUGAGGCUUUGUUCGGCAUGAAACCUUUAAAUUUCGGUUUGCUUUAAUCAAUGUUGUAAAUUUGAGAUUUAUGACAGCAUUCUGUAUGUAAGUAAGCUUAAUGUCCAAUUUUGACAUGUCCUCCGUGCAUUUAUACCAAAAUAUAAAUUUUCAUUAAGACGAGCAAAUAAGGGCGAAACUGCAACUACCAUCACACAAGUCAUUUGUUUAAAGGCAACCCGGAAAUUCUUGUAAUGAUCUUACCGUUAUCUACGCAAAAGGGGGUUCUACCCGUGUACUGUUUUCUGCAGCUCAAUCCUAUAAUUCACUGGAACUCAAACGGCAGGGAAAUAAAGACUGCCAACUAACAGAGGCGAUUGCCGCUUAGUGAUGUCGACAAACUCAAAUUUAUACGUUGUGGUCUAAUGACUGUCUCUCAUCAAUUGAUGUGAUUGUUUCGUUUUAUCUGCAGGGAUGUUGUUAACGAGUGCUAACACAUUGCCUGUGGUGAUCCAUGCUUAUGCUUGUCUUACACAUUUAAAAACACAUUGAAUCAACUUUUUUUGAUGUAGUUUCUUGGUGCGAAACCGAUCCUAAUACCUAGAUUUAGUGCACGUAAGUUUGACCCUCAGAAGUGAUUAUACAUUCUCCCCUUAAUAUCCCCACAUUAUCCAGCAAACAGGUAAUGAGAAUAGUCAAACUUAUCAAGGAGAAGUUGUUAUCAUUAUCGAACACCAACGUCUCAUAACUAACUUAAAAGGAACGUCCAAUUUUAUCGUAAUGUAUAAAUUAUGAUCUUGGAAACAGAUGAAGCAAUAUGGUCCCAUGUGCUUGGAACGUAAGGAGAGAGAGGUUUCGAAUCCCACUUUCAAGAAAUCAAGAAUGAUAAUUUCAUGACAAAAUAAAAAAUUUCACUUCCCGGUCAUUUGCAUGCAAGUAGGUGGACACAGACGUUCUGAUUGACGGAAUGUUAAAGAUAUUUCUACGGCAACUAUGUCAUAAAUCAUUGCAACGAACCAAUCAGUAAUCCUUGGACAAGGCCAUGUUUCGGUAAUCCGGGCGGAGCCAACUGCUUUUUCUUUCGUAACAUCUUGUAGACCUGUCGGAAUCGUUUUUCCUUUGAGACAUCUCGUCAUGACUGGUUUGUGUGGGGUUUUGUUUGGCUAUGCCAUGAUCUGCUUAAUCACCAACGUUUACUCACAAGCGGAUCCUUAUGAUGAUACAGAUGAUAAAGACACAGAGUCUUCAGGCAGUGGAACACUCUCUGUGAUCAUUCUCUUUGUCGUUAUCGCGAAAUUUAUUUUUUGUUGUGGGUGCUGGAGGUUGAGUUACGGAAGAUACCGUCAACAACGGAGGAUAGUGACGCUUACUGUGGCGCAAGCGGAACAAACAGAUAUGCGCCAAAAUACAGCUUCACCACGUGCUAUUUGCGACGAUGAAGUGCAACCAAGGAAUGCCUAUUCUAAUGCUAUGGUAGUCGAUGUGGGUGAUGUUACUCCUCAUUUGCCAUUUGAUGCUCCGCCGCCCUACCGCUCUUCGACAUUUGAGCAAAGCAAAACUGUCAAUCAAAAACCAGCCAAUGUGGUUGAAAUGCAAACAGGAAGUUUCACUUCAAAUCCGCGCCACUGGGUUUCCUUCAAAGAAGAAGAUGCGUCUGUUCUUCCAGCUAUAGCUGGUGCACAACCCGAAGGUUCAGAGAAGCCUAGAAAAUACUGA